GAAGGCAUUGUCUCUAGCAAAAUACCGACGCCGCUGUCAAUAAUCCCAGUGCAUCUUGAGAGCAGCGAAGAAGAAUGAGUGUUACAGAAGACACAGAAACUAUUAGAACCUUGUUUCGGCAGCAGCAUGGCUUUCUCAUGUCAAAGAUUAUGUUCACUGCCUGUGAGCUGGGAGUAUUUGAUCUGCUCUUGGAGUCGGGAGAACCCCUGAGCUCAGGGGCCAUUGCCGAACGCCUCGGCACCAGCCCCAGUGGAACGGAGAGGCUGCUGGAGGCCUGUGUGAGCUUAAAGCUCCUGAGGAUGGAGAGGAAGGACAGUGAAGGCCUUUAUGGUAACACAAACCUUGCUAAUCUCUGUCUUGCUAAAUCAAGCCCAAAGUCUCAGUAUCAUUACUUGAAGUUCCAGUCUGAAGUCAUCUAUCCAGGUCUGCAGUUCUUGACUGACAUUGUGAGGGAAGGGAAGGGCCCGUUUAAGACAACACAUGGCAUGUUACAAAAAAGUUUCUUUGAGGCUUCUUGCAGUUCCGAGGAAAAGUUGCAAAGAUUCUCUGAUGCCAUGGAUGAUGCCUGGAGUUUGUAUGGUAGAGAAGUGAUGUCUGCAUUUAAUCUUUCUCAUUUCUCACUCAUUUAUGAUCUGGGAGGGGGUAGUGGCGCCUUGGCUAAGGAAUGUAUUUCCUUAUACCCAAAUUCUACGAUAACCGUUUUUGACCUUCAUAAAGUAGUAGAAAGAGCAAAGAAGCAUUCUAUGUCCUCAAACAAAAUGCGGAUUACGUUCAAGGAAGGGGACUUUUUUAAAGACCCGGUUCCUGAAGCUGACCUGUACAUUUUGGCUCGGACUCUGCAUGACUGGCAGGAUGAAAAGUGUUUGCAGUUGCUAACCAAACUGCACCAAGUCUGCAGGCCUGGUGGUGGAGUGCUAGUUAUUGAAAUGCUUCUCAAUGAGGACAGAUGUGGACCUUUUGAAGCCCACCUACACUCCAUACUGAUGCUGGUUCUCACGGAGGGAAAAGAACGGACUCCAUCUGAAUACAAGGCACUCUACACUGCCGCCGGCUUCAAGGAGGUUCAGCACAAGAAAGGAAGCCGCUACAGCAUCAUUCUUGGAAGAAAACAGUAGUGUCAUUUGUUCAGUGCAUAAAAUAAGCUAAAAUAAUAAAACUUGUGUC